ACUUCCCCCUCUCUCCUCUUGCUUGUUUCCAGCAACAGAGCAGAGUCCAGCAGCAGAACACAAGUAGCGUACUACUAGCAUGGCGCUCGGUGCCGUUGGAGUUCCGUUGUCUCGCCUGUGUCCUUUUCAUGUUAGGUUUUACUUGAGUAUCUGACAGAAGUUAUUUUAUACUAUACGCUGUAAAGACAACCUAUCUUGGAAGAACAGUGGUAUUUGUCUGACAAAUAAUUCCGAUAAGUAGCUUGUUUAUUCCAGGUGGCUUGCUAACUAGUAACGUUAGCAAGAAAGCAAAAAUUCGGAGAUACGGGGCAACAAGAGGAGGAGUCCUGUUUUGGAAGAGCUGAUGCAGAUGCCAUGGCCACAGCCGAGGUAUGGGAGUGACGUGACAGUACUGGUCCUGCUUCCAAACAAAAACCUUAUCAGCAUCAUGUUUUUCUGCUGAAGUAGUGGCAGAGCACACAGAGAAUGGACGAGUCAGUAUUAUUGGAUUUGCUUGAGUGCCCUGUUUGUCUGGAGCGGCUGGAUGCUUCGGCAAAGGUUCUUCCCUGUCAGCACACCUUCUGCCGCAGAUGUCUCCAAGGCAUCCUAGGCUCACGUGGAGAGUUGCGCUGCCCAGAGUGUCGCACGUUGGUGGAGUGUGCUGUUGAUGAGCUCCCCAGCAACAUCCUCCUCGUGCGCCUGUUGGAUGGCAUCAAGCAGAGGCCUCGAAGGGCUGGUCCUGGAGUCUGCACAAAUGGUACGUCUGGAGCCGUGGCCAGAGCACACAGCAGUGGAACCAGGGACCAGGGCACCCCAGGAGCACAACCCCAGCGAGCUCAGGCUAAGAGCACCCUUGUACGGGGUGUACCCCAGCUGCCUUGUGCGAAAGCCCUCUACAACUACGAUGGCAAGGAACCAGGAGACCUCAAGUUCAGCAAGGGUGACGUUAUCAUCCUGCGCCGGCAAGUGGACGAGAACUGGUACCAUGGGGAGAUGGGUGGAGUCCAUGGCUUCUUCCCCACCAACUUCGUCCAGGUCAUCAAGCCGCUGCCACAACCACCACCUCAGUGCAAAGCUCUCUAUGACUUUGAGCUCAAAGACAAGGAGGCAGACAAGGACUGUCUGCCUUUCUCCAAGGAUGAUAUCCUGACUGUGAUCCGCAGAGUGGAUGAAAACUGGGCAGAGGGAAUGCUUGGAGAUAAAAUUGGAAUUUUCCCCAUCUCAUAUGUUGAGUUCAACUCGGCAGCUCGUCAGCUUAUAGAGUUGGACAAGCCGUCAGACUCCAGUGGAGACUCUGGUGAGGGGGCCUCCUCGGGGCCCCAGAGCAAUGGUGCCCAGCGUGCAGGGGAGAAGAAGAACAGCAAAAAGCGACAUUCCUUCACCUCUCUCACCAUGUCCCACAAACCCAUGCUAGCUCCUCCCCCUCAGCGCCACUCCAUGGAAAUCAGUGGGCCUGUCCUCAUCAGCUCCAGCAACCCCACAGCAGCUGCCCGAAUUGGAGAGAUCAGCGGGGGGCUUUCCUGCAGCGCACCUUCACAGGUACACAUUUGCACAACUGGACUAAUCGUGACCCCACCCCCUAGUAGUCCUGUUACCACAGCAACUGUCUUCACAUUUCCCUCGGAGACGAGCUACACUUCCAUCACUGUGGAUGCUCUCCCACCACCCCCACCUCCUCCCCCACAGUCCUCCGUUGAUGGAGCAGCAUAUUCAUUGGCUGCCGGACAGAGACCCUCCCCCAGCAUAAGCGACCAAAGUGGGAGACAAAGACCCACAGUCUAUGUGGCUAUGUUCCCCUAUACUCCCCGUAAGGAGGAUGAGCUGGAACUAAGGAAGGGAGAGAUGUUUCUGGUGCUGGAACGCUGUCAGGAUGGCUGGUUCAAGGGCACCUCAAUGCACACGGGCAAGAUUGGAGUCUUCCCUGGGAACUACAUGAGCCCAGUCAGCAGGACAGCAUCAGGGAGCAGCCAGCCCAAAGUGCCCAUGAGUCUGUGCACUCAGGCUGGUAGAGGGGUCACAAUUGUCAGCCCCUCUUCUGCAGCCCUUGGAGCCAUUGUUCCAGGUCCUGAUUUUAACAAAGCCCUCGCCGUGUGCGCCAGCGCUGUACCUGCAAACUCCCAACCUGCAGCUGUGGUAACAGCAGCCCAGACAGCCACAGGUCAACAGCCAAAAAUCCCUCUGCAUGUCAGCUCCCAGAUGACUGUGAAUCAGGCUCGCAAUGCGGUCAGGACAGCUGCGUGCCACAGUCAGGACCGGCCCACAGCAGCUGUGACACCCAUACAGUCUGCAACACCUGUGGCCUUUCUCCCACACCUUACAGUGUGCCCACAGCCUUCCUCCAAUCCUGCUCAAUGCUGUUCCCGGGCUGGAGUGGCAAUGGGCUGUGCCGCUGCGUCUCUGACCCCACCCAAUGUCAGUGCUGCAUCUUUGGAGGGUGAUGCUUUGAGACCUGUAGCUGUCUUCACUGUCCCCGGCUCUGGGAACAGCUCUGCUCUCAAUUCCACAUCUAACAGCGCAGCGCUCGCUUGUCGACUGGACAAGGACGUCAAGAGAGAAAAGAAAGGUCUUCUGAAGAUGUUGUCCAAUAAGAAGAAGUCUCGUCCUUCACCACCCUCCUCUCCUACCCUGGAGGCGGAACAAGCUGCUGCAGGAGAGGUACUACAUGGCGCUGUGGGCCCCGACACUUCCCCUCCCUCCGGCUCUGUCAGCUGCCUCGAGCCCGAAACUGCUGCUGCUGCCUUUUCAUCCUCCUCGGCGCCAGAGUCCUCCCAUCGGAAGAGCAGUCCCCUUGAUGGAUGUGCACCUAUCGCUCCUCCUCCUCGCCAGCCGUGCUCCUCUCUCUUAUCUCAACAACACGAUGCGCGGCCCAUCAUAUGUGAGAGGUACAGAGUGGUGGUAUCAUAUCCUCCCCAGAGCGAGGCUGAGCUGGAACUUAAGGAGGGCGACAUUGUGUUUGUUCACAGGAAGAGGGAGGACGGCUGGUUCAAAGGCACACUGCAGCGGAACGGCAGGACUGGAUUGUUCCCCGGCAGCUUUGUAGACAGCAUCUAAUACACACGUUAUGGUGAACCAUGGUCAACACCACCACCAUGAUCAAGCAGACCGCUGCUCGCCUCGCUACAGUGUGUCAACGUGCUAACCAAACGGCUCAGCGCUUGAAAGGUUGCUAGCACAGGCCCAUCAUAUGGACACUUUUAACUCCUUAGAGCCCACCGUGGCUCUGGCCACUGGAAAAAAAACACCCGCUAGUGGCACAUGAGAGAGAGCUGCGGUGAAGAACAGAGUACACAGUGGACAGAGUUAGAGGAGAGCACACUACUCAUGAACUUUUCCUUUUUGUUGGUUAUUUAUAUCUUUGUAACAAUUCAGCUGUUAAAUGUGUGCCUUGUACUGUUCCUCACUUUAUUGUACAUAAGGACACAAAGAUUAGUCCUAAAACAACCAGUAUGAGCUGUUGAUAUAGAUAUCUUACACAUUUAACUUAUUUCAUAGAUUGGCCUUUUUGUAGUGCAACACAUUAAGGGGUUAGGCUGGCACAUGGCGUAUGCUACAUUUUCCAACAUCAGUCACACUUUUCUCCCUCUGACUGCUGUUUUACCAUGAUAUCAAACUGUCAGCAGAUAGGAGUAGGUAUAUCGGAUGCACCAGACAAGAACAAAUGAGCAGUGUCAUCAUCGCUUGUGCUGUAGGUAGAAAAAAAGGAUACUUCCCCAGCUCUAAAGUCAUUACCUAAACCUGAGGAUCAUAAGAGAGAUCUGCCGUAUUGCACAUUCGAGCUACAAUUCACAGCCAUGUGAACAUUGCACAUCACAAAAUAUUUCUGUGGGCCAUUCACAGGCCAGUUUGUUUUCCCUGGUGUGGCUGAGGCUGAAGUGCUAAGGACUCCGUUACCUGCAGUGAUCAAAUAUUUGCAUGUGAUGAGAAGAGACAAAAUGGUGUUACUUGUGAUGCAGGACAGUUUGGUUAUGCCUUUUCAAUAUGUGGA